GAGAGAGAGAGAGAGAGAGAGAGGGAGAGAGAGAGAGACUCGGAGAGGCAAGAGGAGCGGGGACACGGAGCAGUUCCCCCAGAGCCAGCCGAAACCUCCUCGGUCAGCAGCCGGGCACCAGCUCCAGCAGCUCUUGCGGUCGUCAGAGACGCUGCGGCCGCCACUAACGUUCCAGCCCGGCCUCUCGCGUCCCUUGCCGCCGGCUCGCCGGGGCAGCGGGGAUGCAGCUGGGGCAUGGCCGCCGGAGCCCCGUCACCUGCCGCGGAGAGCGCUGAACCCCGUGAAGUCAGAAGCACCGAGGGGAAUCUGCCAGCCUUCCCCGGAGCUGGCCCACAGGCCUCUUCGGCGGGAACCUGUCCUAGGAGUGGCCCAUUCUGCAAACAGGGCAAUCAGGACGCCACGGCUCCGCCUGAAGCAAUGGCCCAGCCCUACCCCCCUGCCCAGUACCCUCCUCCACCUCAGAAUGGAAUCCCAGCUGAAUAUGCCCCGCCUCCGCCACACCCCACGCAGGACUACUCCGGCCAGACCCCAGUCCCCCCAGAGCACGGCAUGACCCUCUACACACCAGCACAGACGCACCCUGAGCAGCCAGGCACCGAGGCCAGUAUACAGCCCAUCGCUGGGACCCAGACAGUGCCGACUGAUGAGGCAGCCCAGACGGACAGCCAGCAGCUCCCCACGGAGAAGCAGCAGCCCAAACGACUACAUGUCUCCAACAUCCCCUUCCGGUUCAGGGACCCCGACCUGCGGCAAAUGUUCGGGCAAUUCGGGAAAAUUUUAGACGUGGAGAUCAUUUUUAACGAGCGGGGCUCCAAGGGUUUUGGGUUUGUAACUUUUGAAACUAGCUCAGAUGCUGACCGAGCCCGGGAGAAGCUGAAUGGGACGAUCGUAGAGGGACGGAAAAUUGAGGUUAAUAAUGCCACAGCCCGGGUCAUGACCAAUAAGAAGCCUGGGAACCCAUAUGCCAACGGAUGGAAGCUAAACCCUGUAGUAGGGGCAGUCUAUGGACCUGAGUUCUAUGCAGUGACCAGUUUCCCCUACGCCACCACAGGCACCGCCGUCGCCUACCGGGGUGCACACCUGCGGGGCCGGGGCCGGGCUGUGUAUAAUACCUUUCGAGCCGCACCACCUCCGCCCCCCAUUCCGACUUACGGAGCGGUCGUGUAUCAGGAUGGAUUUUAUGGUGCUGAGAUUUAUGGAGGCUAUGCAGCUUACAGAUACGCUCAGCCCGCCGCCGCCGCAGCCGCCGCCGCCUACAGUGACAGUUAUGGCAGAGUCUAUGCAGCUACCGAUCCCUACCAUCAUACCAUUGGCCCCACAGCGACCUACAGCAUCGGAACCAUGGCUAGCCUCUGCCGAGGAGGGUACAGCCGCUUCACCCCCUACUAG